GUUUUUUUUAUUCUCGGUUCGCGAAAUUAGCUUCUUGUAACUGUAUGUUAGGGGAUGCUUCCUUCCACAGACAGCUAGUAAUGGAAGCCAAACCGGCAGUCCCAAUCCGUAUGCAGUCACGUGCGACAAGAAGAAGUAUAUUUUUGCUGCAGAAUUUACGUUGAAUUAUUGCAAAACGUGCGAAGCUUACGAGUAGCGACAGACGACGGAGCUGGAUAGCCCUUAACAGGGCAGCGAGGGCUUGGGAGAAUGCCGCUAGCACCAGAAUGGCAGCAUCCAUAUGUCAACGUGUUCAAAAUCUGCGACGCGGAGAGCAUGAAGGAGGUCGAAACAAAAGGAGAUGUCACGGAGCACAUGGACAAGGUCAUCGGGAAGAAGGUGUUCAAAGUACGGGGUCUCAUCCCGGCUGGGAACUACCUGCGUGUGCCACGCUCUAAGCUGCAGACGUUGGGUCUGACCGGCCGCAUCCUUUACAUCCAACUCAAGGCCACACCCGUUAAAGUGUUUGUAGUCCACAUCGAGGUCGGCACAACAGAUGGGAACGUGCACCGGAUUUCCGUCAGCAACAUGUACGCGCCAGAUGCACUCAAGCGCAAGACCAACGGUGUGCAGCUGCCUUUCCCGCGCCCCAGCCAUCGCUGGUGUGUGGCAGCAGUGGACCUGCGAGCUGCGCUGCGCAGCUUCACGUCCUCCGCGUUCGCCUCCAUUCGCUCUAUCCAAAUGUGCUCCUGGCUCACAGUGCGCACCAUGUUCACCUCAGACUACAAGUUCUCGCUGGAUACCCUGCCUGGGGACAUGGCCCUCUCCCACGCUCUGGAUACAAGUGUUUUCGAAAUGGUGUGGCUGCCCGCGGAGCCCACGGACGUGCCUACCAUGGACUUUGUGCCGCCACCCAAGCGUAUUGGCGCCAGACGCCGCACCACAGAUUGUGCCGCUGCUGGCCCCAAGAGCCCUGGCUCCGCCGCAAAGGCCACUCCCACAGCGAGCCGCGCAGGGGGCGGUCCCGGCGAAGAAGUGGAGGACGACGUCACCUCAGAAAUGGACAGAGGAACCCCGCUGGCCCCCUCCCCAGCGACGCCGUCACUAUCCCCACGGGCCGCAACAGUCGCGAUAGCCCGCGCCACAGCGUCCAAUGUUAGCCCUGGCGCAGCAGCGGCCGCGGUGUGUGGUGUCCGCACCUCAGCGGCUCUUAGCCGUCUUGGUGAGUCAGCGCCGCACUCCCGGCCCUGCUCCCGGCCUACCACCACCCCUCCCGGUGGCGCCGCCGGCGCAUGCACAGCCAUGCGGCCGGUCGUCGCCGCCGCAACACUAGGGGUAGAUACCAUCGUACAGGGGCCGCCGCUGACUCCAGACCCGGUGGUAGAGCUCAUGCGCGUGAGCGCCUACUCGGGGGAGUUUGUGCGGUGUCUGGUGUGGAUCCCGGGCACCGAGGAGGUGGCCUUCGCAGCAGCUAGCAUGGUAGUGCUCAUGCGUGUCUCCGACACGCUGCCGCAACCGGCAGCAAAUGCGGCUGCGGACCAGCAGCCGCUGGUUGAGCCGGGGCGGCAGCGGCACUUGCUGGGCCACACGAGCUUCGUGUGCGCGCUGGCGGUCAGCAGCGACGGUGGUUUGCUCGCCAGUGCGCAGGAGGGAAAGGAGGCGACCGUGCGGCUCUGGGACGUAGCCAGCGGCGUAUGCCUGACUGUCUUGAGCGCCCACGCCAGCGGCCUCAGCUGCGUGGACAUCUCCCCAGACGUGCGCGCCGUGGCGGCGGUGGGCUUGGACGAGCACGGCCGGCAGACCAUAGCCCUGUGGAACAUCUCUGAAGUGCGCAUUCCUCACGGCAAGGUUGCGCUGGUGACCCGCCACGCAACCGAGUUCAACAUCAAGGUGCUCCGCUUCAGCGCGUACCAGGAGGACCACUUGCUGACUGCGGGCCGUGACAGCAUCCGCAUCUACCGGCUCAAGGGAGGCCAGCUGCGUGGCACGUCAGUGCGGCUGGUGCCGCGUGAGAAGCGGACCGCAAACCACGUCGGCAGCGUCUCUGCAGCGGCGGGCCCCAACAUCUUCACCGAUAUCGCCUUCGAGGCGGGCGUUGGAGUGUACGGCGUGGAUGCGUUCAAGGUGUAUGUGUCGUCCGCUUCCGGCGCCGUCUUCGUCGUCGACUACACCACCCGCAGCCUGGACGCCGUGUACCAGCUGCACUCGGCCGGCAUCAACUGCCUCCUGGUGGCGGAUGGGCUGGCGAUCACGGGCGGGGAUGACCGGCUGCUGCGAGCCUGGCCGCUGGAUUUCAGGGACUUCCUGCUAGAGGCCGAGCACGAGGGCAGCGUCACGGGCCUGGCGUUGUCGCCCGACGCCCUGCGCAUCGCUAUCGGCACGGAGAACGGCGCGCUGGGCUGCCUGCACAUCCCCAACCACGCCUAUACCACGCUGUUGCGCUCGCAUUCGGGCGCAGUGAACGCCGUGGCUGUGGACCCCAGCAGGGACCAGUUCUGCACCGUCUCCUCCGACGGCACCAUCCGCAUCUGGCACCUGCUCACCCACCAGCAGCUGUACGAGUUCGAUGCGCCCGGCGAGGCCGUCACCUGCAUCGCCUACCACCCCCUGCCCAGCCACCACGAGCUGGCAGCGGGCUUUGCGAACGGCCGCCUGCGUGUGUUCGAUGUGCCCACCACCACGCUGCUGCAGGAGCAGCAGCAGCACCGAGGAGCCGUGGCGGAGCUGGUGUUCUCACCGGACGGCGAGCGGCUCUUCAGCGGAGGCGCUGACGGCGCGCUGGUAACGUACGAUGUGCAGCGGCUGUACGCGCCCACGCAGUACCUAUCAGCAGGUGUACGGGACAUCAGGGUCUGCGUGGCGGUAAGCCCCAACGGCGCCCUGGUGGCCAGCCUGACUCGCGACCCCUACCGCGGUGUCACCUCCCUGCUGAUCUUCCACGGCCGCACAUUGGCGCCCUUCAUGCGCAUCGAGACGGAUGCGCCAACGUACAUAAAGCUGGCGUUCAGCGCGGAUGGCAAUGAGCUUUGGGCGCUCACCUCGCUCCGUCGCUUGGACCGCUACGAGCUCAGGGAGGGGCAGCUGGUGCAGCAGAUCCGCGACAUCUCCAACCUGGAGGUGACGGCCCUGGCGAUGGACCCCGUCGGCCGCUACGCGCUGACUGCGGGCAACGACGGCCUGCUGCGGGUGUGGGGCUGCGUGCCGCUGCCGGCUCUGCAGCCGCGCGGGUUGCCGCCGAACCAAGCCUUCCUUGGCCACCCGGGCGCAGUGCUAGGUGCCGCUUUCCACCGGGGCCACCUGAUCACUGUGGGCGACGCGGACUGCAUCUGCGUCUGGCGCGUCACCGCCGACACGCCGCCACCGCACGCCAGCCUUGACCCCGCUGUCGCCCGCGCCUCCGUCGCGCAGCGUCUGGGCGCCCUGCCACCAGCGCUGCGCCCCAUGGGCUCUCCCGGCCUUGAUCCACGCGACCCCCUCAGCCGCGCCACACCGGCUACCGCCCUCGGACCUGUUGCGAACGCCAGCGACCACCGCUUGACGGCACGAGCGGCAGCCCUGGCCUCUCCGGGCGUACCCCAGGCGAGGUUGGUGCCUGCGAGUUCCUCUCCGGUAGUGAGGCCAGGAACUGCAACCGGGCUGCCGUCGCAGCAGGCGCAGGCUCCAAUUGUCUCACCUUUCCCUGCAGUCGCAAACGCCGCCGUGGCUGCAGCCGAUGCUGCUGCAGCUGCCCUGGCAGCCGCAAAACUGAACAGCCCCGGGGUUUAUACCGCGCCCGCGGUCAUCCCACGACCGACGAACUACACGUCCGCUUCACCUUACAGCAGCCCCAUCGCCGUACGCCAGGCUCCAUCCGGGCCCUUUAUGCCACCGUCUGCAGGGGCCCCGCCUCCGCUCAGGCAAGAGCAGCAGCCGCAGCUGCCCUCGCCCCAGGUGCCGCGGGCGCCUGAGCCUCCGCCGAAAUGCAGCUGGCUGCUAGGCUACACCCCCAGCGGCUUCAACAACGUCACAUGGCGCCCCGAAACCGGCCUCUUCGCCUACUCCAUAGAGGAGAUGGUGGUUCUGGAGCAUCUAGCGACGCGGGAACAGCGCUAUCUCCGGGCCCAUACCCGCUCGUUGGGCUGCCUUGCGGCCUCAAAGGACGGGUCGCUCAUCGCUGCGGCACCGCGGACGGCGGAGCACCAUGUGGUGCAGCCAGAGGCGUCGCUGGGGGCCUCCUCAGCCACCCAACCAGUUGUGUGCACCACUGCGCCGUUCGCGGAUGUGGUGGUGUGGGAUGUAGCCAGCGGCAAGGAGCGGUGGCGGCUGCGUUACCACCCGCAUGGUGUUCAGGCGUUGUGCUUCUCUCCAGACGGUCGCUGGCUGCUCUCCAUAGGGCGCGAGCCGGAGCGCUCGGUAGUGGUGUGGGACGUGUCGGCUGGGCUGCUGGUGGCAGCGGGCCGCACCGAGAGCUCGCCGGCUGCGGUGGAGUGGCUGUGGGGCGGCGACAACCCCUCCUUUGCCAGCGUGGGCAAGGACGGGCUGCUCUUAUGGACGCUGCUCGACAGCUUCCUGGAGCAGCGCAGCGUGCCACUGGGUGACCAAGACGACGCCGUACCGUGUACGGCGCUAGCAAUCGACCCGGCAGGCGCGCUCCUUGUCGCAGAGGCUCCCAAAUGCACCGAUGGGGACGGACCCAUGGGUCAGAUCCCGCUGUGGCACAUCGACGUGGCGAAUGCGUUUGCCGACGGCCCAGCAACCAUGGUGCAGGUGGCUUCACUUCCUGGCGACACCGCCGUCACUGCCAUGGCAGUGGGCAGUAGCCACGCGCUUGUCGCUACGGAAACGGGGAACCUGGUGCGCUUCAGGCGCGACACCCACAGCGGUGUCUGGUGCGAGGAGAGCAGUGUGCAGCUGGACGGCUGUGUGCGGAGCCUCUCCGCCGAGCCGGGCAUGGCGGACGCCGUAGUGGCAACUACCACAGCCACCAUCUGGUUCGUUGGCAUGCAGGAUGCCAGCUGUGUACCCAUCGUAUGCGGCCAGCAAGGACCGGUGCUGGCGCUUGUGGCAGCACCGCACGACCCACGGGUCAUGGCGUCCACCUCAGGAGACGGCAUGCUGCGUGUCUGGUACCUGGGGCUUGGAGAUGCCGAGCCAACCGUUGAGCUACAGUCCUCCUCAGCCUGUACCACCGCUACCUUCGCCAUGCACAGCCUUCCGGCGCCCAAACCAGCCUCCUCUCCUCAAGCAGAGCCUGCACGCCAGCCCAAGUCGGGAUCCUCACCCAAGCCCCCGCCGGUCCCGCUGUUGCUGGGCGGCUAUGAGGACGGUUCGUUGCGGCUGUUCUCCAUGCAGCCGACAGUGGAGCUGCGCUGGGCGCUGGCGCGGCACCCCGCACCCGUGGUGGGCGUGGCGGUGCACCCAACCAAGCCGCUGGUGCUCACGGCGUCCAGCGACGGCAGCCUGGCUGUCACGGACCUCGGCUCCACGCGGCUGCUGUCGUACAUCACGGCCCUGACCGCCUGCCCCGCGCCAGCACCGCCCAGCAGACGCUCCCCGGGGCCGCCGCCUCGCUCGACCCCUCCACCACCACCCGAUCCGCCCCGACCAGGGACCGGACCGAUGCAGGCACUGACUGUAUCCCCGGGCACUGGCGCCUCCCUGACGGCCGUGGGCUGGCGCGACCGCUUCGUAGUAUUCGCUGCACCCUGGGACGACCCGGCCUGCACACCCAUUGCGGAGUACGACAUUAAAUCGCCUGGAAGCAGCCGCCGCCGUGACGCGGAUGGGGCUGCUGGCGCCGACGGCUCUGCGCAAUCGCAGUCCCCGGACGUGCCGGCGCUGCUUUCCUUCCUGGGCGGCGGCAGCAAGCUGCUGGCCUUCAGCAGCCCCCUGCUGCUGGGGGAGGUAGUGGUGUACGACUACCGGCUUGCGGCGGUGGUACGGCGGGUCACCGUACCGCAGAUGGUCCGUUCCAUGGCGGUGUCACACGACGGCCGAGCCAUGCUGCUAGGCGGCAUGGAGCGCUCCGCCUUCCUGGCGCACAUGGGCACCGGCAACGUGCACACAUUGGAGGGACACGCGGGCCCGGUGAUGGCCGUUGGGUUCUCGUCAGACGGCAAUCAGGCCAUCUCGGCGGCGGGCAGCACCAUGAUGGUGUGGGAGGCGCCCAAGCUGCUGCUCAAGCUGGAAGCGGCGCCACCGCCACCGCCCAGGCCAACGCAGCUGCAGUUUUGAACAGGGCAGGAAUUUGAGUUUGGCCGCAGGGUUAUGUAGGGAUGAGGAUUGAGGAAGGGGUUGGAGGGAAGAGGUUGCGUUACGUUCAAGAAGGUUCGGUCAGCGUGUGAGCCGUCAAUGGAUGGUCAACUAGGGUCAAGCGAACUUCUGCAGCAGACGCAGAUACGUCCAAUUCUGUUUGUACGGGUUAUACUGAACUGGUCCCGGCAAACCGGGCAUCUAGGCAAGCGGAGAUGAGGCUCCUUGCUACGACGUGGAAUGCAAAGCGCCGCUGCAUAAACGGCAC